CCCACUAGCUACAACGUACCCCAUUAAUCUCUCUCUCUCUCUCUCUCUCUCUACCUUCUAUAUACCUUUUCUUACAAUCUAAGUCUUGUCUCAAUUUAUACCCCAAGGGCCAAAACCAAAACUUAGUAGUACUGCACAAACUCUCUGAACCUAGCUCAUACACCAAAAAAAUGAGCUCAGUUUGCAUAUCAAGCUGUGUCAGUGACGCACGUGACCCUCGUGUUCCUGUCCGAGCCACCUAUGUGAACCUCUACAAGUGGCCGGAGUCUGAUGCAGAGUUUGUGAAGUCAGUGAGCUUAGAGCGCACAGGAGGUCAUGGUCAUGGCCAUGGUCAAGGGCACCCCAAGGUUGUGGAUAGUAUUUCAUGCAGACAGCUUUAUUUGAGAAGCUACACGUUUUCAAGGAAAGAGACUAUGCCUGAGAAGACCCAGAAAUGUUUUGGGAGAGUGAAAGAGAGAAUGAUUCCUGGAAGGAAGAGAAAGAUUCGAGGGGUUAAGAAGAAGUGUUUGGUUUUCAGGAAAGUGAAGGAAUUUUCAUGCGUCGCCUUGUUUAGGAUCUUUCACAGGUUUUUGUCUUGCAGUGCUAGUGUAGAUGUGGUGGAUUGACAUGAUUGACUUGACUCAUACACUUGAGUUAAUUACUUCCUCUCUUUUUUUUUUUUUUUCUUUUUUUAAGUUUUAUAUGCUUUAUAAUUAAGAGAAGUUCUUCUUCUACGCACACAAAAAAAAAAAAAAAAAAAAAAAUUGGCAGGGGUUUCUUUAAUUUUGUGUUAAGUUAUGUUAAUGGGAAAAUACAGUAGGGACUUUGUGGAAAAAUGGGUUGUAUCUGCAUGUAAUGGGAUUAGAAGGAAGUGUAAUUCUGUUUUUUUUUUUUUUUUUUUUUUUUUUUUUCCACUUCUGAGUUGUUCUAAUUAAGGAAUAAUUUUAUUGUAUCUCUCUCUCUCUCUCCCUCAAGCACACACACACAUAGAACACACAUGUUGUUCUAGUUAAGGAAAUAAAUUUAUUGUAUUUUCCCAUUAACUUGGUUUUAUAUGCUUUAUAAUUGAGAGAAGUUCUUCUUCCACGCACACAAAAAAAUGGCAGGUGUUUCUUUAAUUUUGUGUUGAGUUAUGUUGAUGGGAAAAUACAGUAGGGACUUAGUGGCAAAAUGGGUCUUUGUUAUUCAUGUAAUGUUCUAAUUAAGGAAUAAUCUUAUUGUCUCUCUCUCUCUCUCUCAGACACACACACACAGAACACACACGUAUUGUAAAGUUUUUCUUACCAUGGAAGGAAUGGAAGAUGUAAACGUAUUUUUGUAGCUUUUUUGUUGUUACAAGCGAGGGGAAAGUGCGGAAAAGGGAAGUACUCUUUGUUGUUACUUCAACUUUUCAAAGGAACAAAUUCUAUGAUAAAUUGGGUCCACAGAUGACCACUUGUUUUGGAACGAGUCUAUAAA